AUUUAAUCCAGAUUAUGGCCGAAGCGCAUAACCUUGUGCGUAUGUGUGUGUGGGAUUGUGUGUUUGUAGCUUGUCAUCAUUGCGUCCUCGGUUGCAUAGACAGGCAGCAGGUUAGCUCGUGAGCUACAGGGGAGCUCAGGGAACCGGAGCGGAGAAACCAAGCCAUUUUCCUCGUUCCUCGCCCCCGCGACAAAACAAGCAAAAAGUCAACAUGGCUUUCUUAAUCAAGAGCAUGAUCGGCAACCCCUUGUCGGGAAUGGGCCUGGGCGGCGGAGGAGACAAGGAGGAAGAGGCCACCCCUUCGGACCCGGCUAAAGCGGCAGGAAUGACGCGCGAGGAGUAUGAGGAGUACCAGAAACAGUUGGUGGAGGAGAAGAUGGAAAGAGAUGCCGAUUUCUUGCACAAGAAGGCAGAGAGGGCAACAUUGAGGGUUUGCCUCAGAGAAAAGUACAGGCUACCAAAGAGCGAGCAGGACGAGAACAUGAUCGAGAUGGCCGGCGACGACGUGGACGUGCCCGAGGACCUCCUCAAAAUGGUGGACGAGGACGCCACCGAGGAGGAGGGCAAGGACUCCCUCAUGGGCCAGAUUCAGAACUUGCAGAACAUGGACAUGGACCAGCUGAAGGAGAAGGCGUCGGCCACCGUCACCGAGAUGAAGACCAAAGCCGAGGAGAAGUGCGCCGUCAUGUGAGGAGAAGCCGCGAGAUUUGUUGUUUUAGCCGACAUAAUCGACAAAGACCUCCGCCGAGGCUGUUCAGAACAACACAGUUUGUUUUCAUGUCUGUUUAUUAACUAGCAGGCAAUUCACCCAGUUUUUAAACAGAUGGGCACAGCCUGGAUGAUUCCAAUCAUCCAAAAUCUACAGAUCCUCACCUAAAUUGAAAGAUUUUGUGGCUAUUGUUUUUGUGUUUUUUAGCUUAAUCCCAUUUACUAUCUGUCCACUGUUGCAUUGUGAAUGAAAUGUUUUUUCUUUAAGUGGUGUUAGAACAACAAAGCUGGUGGUGGCCCAAGAUCUACACGCAGUGUGUGCUUACUAUACUCAGUAAAAAGAAGUUCGUCUUCAAUUUUAACACAAAAUCCUAAAUAUACCCACACAUAAAAAUCCUAAAUCCCUUAGAAAAUACAGGUAAUCCCCGGGUUACAGCGUACUCGAUUUACACGAUUUCGACUUUGAGACUCGUCCACCAUUUUGUCUCCAGUCGUUUUUUUUUUUUUAGUCGUAUAAACAGUA